UCACAUGCCGUAUCAUGUCUUAGCAAGCUCGAGCUCAGUGAGCCUCCUGUGGUGUUGUGUGCCUAAGUUCACAAAACACCAGUGGAGGGAUGUUCCCACUUGAUGACCUGUUGUCAUGUCCCUGGAACUCAUUCAAACGGUGCCUGGGUCUGGCAGAAGUGGCCAUGCUGUUUGGAUUUAAUUAAUGGGAGCCAGUUGGUGGGCUAUGUAAUUUAACAGUGAGGCAGAUGCUCUGUAAUGAGGGUGCAAAUGGUUAGGGGGGGGGCAAUUUAAGAAAUUAAACUUUUCAGAUCUUAAAUAUGUUGCACAGCUCUUGCAACAUUUUGCAGCAACAUAAAUAUUCUCUCACCUUUAAGUCCAACAUUGCUUUGUGUUGUAACUCUAACAGUCUUCCUGGUAAGCAUGAUCACAAUGCUGUGUCUUAUAUUACAGUGCCUUUGAAUAAAUAGAGCAUGUUCAGCCCUUCUGUCUCUGAAGCAUAAGGAGGAUGGUGCUUUGAAACUGAAAAUGCAACUUUUAUCAAUAUUUCUAUUUUACACUAAAAAUGUAGGUUUUUUUUUUUCAAAUUCAACUUGUAGUUGUAUGUGCUGUAAUGACAGGAUGAAUGCAGUUAUGUGAAAAGAUAUAUAAAAAUUGGUUUCAUGGUAUUAUCAUCCUGCCAGGAUAAUCCUGUUUACAUUAAGUACAUACACACAUAUUCAUUUCACUAUAGGCUGAUGUUUUUGUUUAAUCAACUGUUCAUGUCCUCUUUACAUUCAUGGACCUCUCGUGCAAUGCUGCAAGUCAUCCAGCUUAAAUGUCAGCGUAGCAUGUGGAGUGAGGAUCUGCUUAAAUUGCACAGAAUUUAAUUCAGCCAUUGCAUACGUAGGUUGUUAUGUAAUAAGUUCAUGUAUAUUUUUAUAUGAAACAGAGUGAACAAGCAUUAUCAGAGCUGCAGUUUUUUUUACUGAUGACUAGAACACCUGCAUGUUGAGAAUAACAAACACCAUACAAACAAUAUUUGAUGUUUGGGAUGUAUUUAACGUUUCUGUUACAAAAGACUGUAGACAAGCAUAUUCUUCAUAAUCCUGUGAGUUAUACGGGUACAGAAGUGAUCUUUUUUUCCAUUUGUUUUAUUGCGUUUUGUUUUAUUUAUUGCUAUCAGACAGAAAGCUUUAUCCAGAUAGUCAUUUAUGAAACCAGCACUGAUGAAAAGAUGACAGGAGCCCCACUGCAAACAGAUGCAUCAGACAAGGAUUCUGCAUUGGUUUCUUUUUUCCAAAUGAAAAAGGCCUGAAAUAAAAGGAAGAGGUAACACAGCUAUUUUUAUCGUGGACUGAAGCUACAGAGAUAAUCCAUAUGAGACCUCAUCCCGCCUCUCAGGCAUCCUCAGAUCCCCACUGAUCAGGGUUUACUCACACACAUGCUUGCACAGAAAAAAGAGACUGAUUGAUACUACAACGAACACAAAAGUGGAUUUAGCUCUUCAAUAAACUCACACAAAGACAAGGAACCUGGGAUUUUAACGAAGGCUUCAUCAUGAGUCUGAAACAAGCCUGCAUCUUUCUCAGAGGAGGAACUAACAGAAAAAAAAGAUCUCUUACACCCGAUGAGAUUGAAGAGUUACGUGAAGCUUUCGUGGAGUUUGAUAAAGACAAGGAUGGUCUCAUCAGCUGUAAGGACUUGGGGAACCUGAUGAGGACAAUGGGUUACAUGCCCACUGAAAUGGAGCUCAUAGAGCUGAGUCAGAACAUCAACAUGAACUUGGGGGGACGAGUGGACUUUGAGGACUUUGUGGAACUCAUGACCCCAAAGCUUCUUGCUGAAACUGCAGGAAUGAUUGGCCUGAAGGAACUCAAGGAGGCAUUCAGAGAGUUUGACAUUGACGGUGAUGGUUCCAUCACAUCUGAUGAGCUGAGACAUGCCAUGAAGAAGUUAUUAGGAGAACAUAGCUGCGAGAGGGAAAUUGAAGCAGUAGUCAGAGAAGCCGACAACAACGGAGACGGAACAGUCGACUUUGAGGAGUUUGUGAAAAUGAUGUCGCAGAAAUGAAGACGACAGACCAAACGGGUGACUGUGAACGGAGAGAAUGCAUUUUUACGAUUGAACCGUAUGCUGAUGAUAGCUCACUUCUUUGUUGCUAAUUUUACACUUUCUCCUUUUGUUUAUUUAUCUAAGUUGCAUCGUCUUGUAAUCAAAAAUGUGUUUCAUUCUCAGUUGGAUUUUUAAUCCUUAAAAGUUGUUGAGUGUUGCUCUGAACACAAAGCUCAUGUUUAUUUUAACUCAGAGAGUUUAAAACCUUUGUUGUUUGUACGUUUGCCCUCAAUCCCUCAGACCUGUCACAUGUCAACUAUCAUAUAGAGCAAUACAUAUGCAAAAAGAUCAAUGUAAUCCUCAUUAUAAGUACUUGGAGCAACAGACUAUCAGCUAUGGUUAAGACCAAAUAGCAAAAAAAAAACAACAUCUACAACAAAUCUCAGAAAUGUAAACAGUUAAAGUGCAAUAAAGGUUAUAUUCAACUUAA